AUGGAACUAUACUCACAGCAAGCAUUGUGUGAAGUUCUGAGGGUUAGUCGGAAAAGAAAUGACAUAAAACACCAGUACACCCUCCACGGUACAGUUCUAAAGACAGUCACUAGCUCUAAGUAUCUGGGUGUUCAUCUGACAAAAGAUCUCAAGUGGAAUGUGCACAUCGACAACUUAACAGCAAAAGGAAACAGGACUCUCGGAUUCCUGAAAAGAAACCUCAAGGUCCGUUCACCAGUUCUAAAGGAGAAAGCAUAUAAAGCUAUCCUGAGGCCCAAAAUGGAGUACUGCUCUAGCAUAUGGGAUCCGCGCAAGGGAAUCGAAAACAAUGGCGCAUAUAAGGUGGAGAUGGUCCAAAGACGUGCAGCCCGGUGGGUCCUCUCUCGAUACCACCCUCAAGACAGUGUUUCUGAGAUGCUAGCUACACUCAAAUGGGACACUCUUGAGAAGAGAAGAGAACUCUCACGUGUCACCCUGCUGUACAAAAUCAUCAACAACCAUGUUGCAGUAAAUGCUAAAGAGCUCCUGGCAAAGCCGGACCGAGUUAGCCGUCAUACGAAAGCCCAUACCCUUAAAACUAUUAUGUACAAAAAUAAAUCUGAAAACCUAUCCUUUUUUCCAAGAACUGUAAAAUUUUGGAACUCACUGCCUGAAAAUGCUUUUUCGCCAGCCUCCAGCAUUGAAGUUUUUAAAAAAAAGAUCACAGAGWACAUGUAA